AUGGAUGGGUAUCAAUCUUAUGACGAGACAGUAGAAUACCCUCCAAUGAAUUGGUUUGAGACACCGGCAGUUGUUCAACUUGAAGCAGGUAAUGAAUUUAUCAAAUAUAUAUAAAAAAAAAAUAUAUCUAUAUAUAUAUAUAUAUAUAUAUAUGUACACAAUUAAGAUAUAUCCACCCCAGACGAUAAAUAAUGACUGGUUCGCAUGUCUACUCAUGACGAGCUUUGCGUCGGAAAAAAAAUUUAUGCAAAUUAGCUGGCUGCACGUUGAAUGUGCAGCCAGCUAAUUUGCAUAAGUAAUUCAAGCCAAGGCUCGACGCCUCUUGGUGGCAUGAGGUGUUCGCUAAACAUUCCAGGAUAUCCGGUAAUCGCUUCAAAAAAUGUAAUUAUGCUCCCCUCGAAUGAAAUGGAAAAAACUGCAACUUCCGAUGAUUACAAUUCUAAUCAUUUUCAAGAUGCAACUCUACUUUGUUCACUCAUUUUCCAGAAACAAGAGUCCAGAGAAAUGUCUCAAACAAACCUAACGGGUCUAAUUCGAAAAAACUUAAAUGGCGGUACGUUAAGCUUAUUUUCUCUGUAGAGAAAAUACAUGUCUUAAAGAAGACAACAGUAAAUCGUUAACACAAGGUCCACGAAUAUUCCUGACCAAAUGUUACAGAAACAUAGAACAGGAACAAUUUAAAACACGUAAAACGAAGAAACUCAAAAAUAGCCUAAAAAGCGGCACCGGUAAAGCUGAUUUCACCUCCAUGAUCGAAGAUCUAGGCCUACGUAAGGUUAACUCCGACAAACCCUUCUUUAUACAGUCAUGGUUUUUAACUUUCUGGUCUCCUCCUUCGGUCUUCAAGCUUCGGCGCAAUGCCUUUUAUGUGCGAAGGUUUCAGUUUGGAACGGCAUUUUUAGCUUUUCUGUAGACACCAGUCUUCGGAAAAGCUAAAAACUUAACAGGGGAGAAGCUGGUCUAAAACAUCGUUAUUGCAUGUUAGGUCAUUGGGAACAAUUUCACACGUAUGAAUAUCGUCUUACGCGACUGCCGAGUUAGGAGGGAUAAGAAAAGGUUAAAAAUAACCCUCAGGUAUACGCUACCCAAGAGGGUAUAGAAGAGAUUAAAAAUAACCCUCAGGUAUACACUACUCAAGAGGGUAUGCAAGAGAUUAAAAUAACCCUCAGGUAUAAACUACCCAAGAGGGUAUAGAAGAUAUUAAAAAUUAAUCCACUACCCAAGAGGGUAUGCAAGAGAUUACAAUAACCCUCAGGUAUACACUACCCAAGAGGGUAUGCAAGAGAUUAAAGGUAAUCCUCAGGUAUACACUACCCAAGAGGGCACGAAAAAUUGAAUUCACACCAAUUUAUAUCAGAGACCGCUCUUUGUCUGGACUCUUUCUUUUGACUGAAAGUUGUGGCAUCCACCAUUAAUUUAUAUAAUUAUUAUCCUUUACUAAUUCCCGAAUGUCUUUGUCAAGCUCGGCUAUUCUCGAAUGACAUCAUUGCAAUUUCCCAUGAUAUUUCGACUGGAGGCAUUUCCCGCCUAAAGUGUACGGUCGAGGGCGAUUUGAUUUACCGCAUCAAAAGCAAGAUUAUGUUUUGAGACCUCGCGAAUCCAUCUGCUGGAUUUCUCCCUGUCUAAUUAGUCCGGCACAGAGACCACUUGAAGAUAUAACAUGCAUGUUGUUUGAUUACCUGGCGUUGAACGAACAGCCUUUGUUGGCGCGCUUGAGAUCUGCUGGCGGGACAGAACGUAUUGUAGUCAUCGCGGAAUCGACGAAACAAUUCGUUAUUUGCAAAAGCUUUCGGCCUGAUUUCACAUUAACUUCUCGUUAGCACAUACCAGGACUUUUUGGGGUCGAGAUUGGAUCCCGUAGCUAUAGAAAGCUCAGCCGAUCGAUCGAAGACUUCAGUCUCCAAGAUAAGAUCGCGCCAAGUGAUUUCAAUGCCAGAUUUCUUGUGUUUUCGUAAUUGAAAUUCGAGCAUAGAUGCAGUAUUAAUUAUUAGGUGAACCUUUAAUUUAUAAUCAACAGGUUUAAGUAACCGCACAGACACCUACCGACCGCAAACGUUGAUGUAAUUCUCUACACUGAUGACAGAAAUAUAGCGCCUCCGUAUAAUGUAUGCUGCGAAUUUUUUUUCGGGGCCAAAGCUCCUCAUGACCAAUCAGAAUUAAAAUUUAGCAAAAAUAAGAAAAUAUCAACACAAAUUCUCUUGGCAAAAGACAAUGCAACCCUGUCUACUAACAAAAUUCGUUCGAUACGUUGCCCUAACUACUUAUUUUGAACUCUCUCUUCAGCGUGUUCGGGCGAAGAAGCACUUGGGCUAGAGAGCGGUCUCAUUACUGAUCAGCAGAUUACCGCUUCAUCCUCCUGGAGUAAGUCACUCGGAAAACAGAACGCCCGACUAAACCAACUAGCCGCCCGCGGUAAAAAAAGCUCCUGGUCAGCUCAAAGCAAUGAUCUCAAUCAGUGGCUUCAAAUCGAUUUCGGACGAAAUGUGAAAAUUACGAAGCUUGCGACUCAGGGACGUAAUGACUACGGCGACCAAUGGGUGAAAAGUUAUACUCUCGCUUACAGCGCGGAAGGCAGUAACGUUUUUCAGGCCUAUCAAGAGAAUGAAUCAGAUAAGGUGCAGUGGUUUCCUUAAUGUUGCAUCUUAUGUAGCGAGGGCUGUGAGGAGCUUUGGAAUUUUUAUGUGAUUUUUAUUUAUUUUUAAUAAUAGGGGUCACAUUUCAUAAGACAUAUCGCCAUUUCGUGUCUGAUUAUCUCCAUUUUAAGUUUGUGUCUGUAUGAGUAACACAUCCGGCUUCUCAUUGAUUCUCAACCAUAUGUAAAUAUAGCUGACGUUUUUCAUUCGAGUCGUCAACUUUUUGAAAUUCAGUGAGGUGGUUAACCAACCUUUAUCAACUUUUAAAUAAUGCCAAUCUUACUGUUUGACUUUCCCGAAGACAAAGUGCAACAGUUUGUUUAGCAAUUCUAAUUAGCGGUCUUUCCCCGCGCUUCUAGUCGUUCAUCAGUAAGUCAGCCAAUCUCACUCUUGAGGUCCUAUGGCGCUGGAAUCGCCGUGAAACAUCAUCAACGGUGCAUGCAUCGGUCUUCGUUGAAAUUCGCUAAAUUUGCCAGCGAUUGUCUUUGCGGAAGUAAUCUGAAUUCCUUGUGAAGUCACAUGAAUUGUUCAUUUUGUUUUCCAGGUUUUUACUGGUAAUACAAAUCGGAACACCGUGGUUACCCAUGUCUUGUUGCAACCAAUCACAGCUCGAUAUGUCCAAAUAAAACCAAAAUCAUGGAAUAACCAUAUUUCCAUGAGGGCCGAGUUUUACGGCUGUAUUCUCUCAGGUAAGAGACCGGUCAUUAUUUAAGGGGAGGGGGGAGGGAGAGGGGGUUGCAAGCAGGUGGCUUUGUCAUAAUCAAAUUUACCUGAUUUUCCCUUCCCCCUCCCUAAGGCUCUAUAAUCUCGUUAUGAUCAUCUCUCGUUGGCAGUCGAUUUUCUGUAAUCUCUCCUUCAUUAUGUUGGCGACGAAUGAUCCCCCCAAAUUACUCUGCACCCCUCCUUCCCAAGGUGAUUACUGAUCUUUAGUAGAGAUAAGAUAAAUAAUGAGGCAUUACUUCAUGGUUAUGGUUACAUGGUUAUCAUCAACAAUCUUAGACAUUACCUUGAUCAAUUUACGCAUUUUUUUUAUACCUUAAAACAAAUCAUAGACCGUUAUCAAGUACUGGGUCGGAAUGUCCACAUGAAUCACGUUCAAGAGCGUCUUUGUGACCAAAGCGAGGUAACCUUUGGACAGAACCAGAAGCGAGCCAAUAGAAUUGAGCUUGAAAUUCUAUCUGAUACUGUAUAUGUUCAGGUAGGUAUUUUUACAGUUAACUUUGGAUAAGGGAAAUUUGUUUUUUGUACCCAUUCGUUUGUUCCCAAGAACCUUUCGCACUCAUUCGAUUCGUACUAAAUUCAGACGAUUCGUUCCCAGUUUGUUUCAAUUCGUACCCGUCCAACAUUCAGUGACGAUCAAAACUUAGGAGAUCUCAAGAAAGGAUGUUGAUUGUUGCGCAGGACACGUUAGUAAAGAGACAAGCGGGUUAAACACUAUCAAAGUUCUUUUGCGCAUGCUUGUAAUCUUCUUAACGAUAACCACUGAAUUAUAAUUAUUGCCCUGCGCGAUGUAAGGGUAUCACAUAAAAACUGGACACCCCACAAAUAAAACUUCUUCAACGCAGAUUAUAUUGCUGCUGAUUGCGGUAUUUGACAUCAGAAACCCACCAUACUUUCAAGUAAAGUGGGUUCAGAAACAUAACUAACAUAGAAAACGAACAUAAAUUAAUAGGGGGUAAGUUUCUAAAGAAACUGUGGUGCUGCGUCGGUGGGGGAGUUUUUUCAUUCAACUAAUUUAUUCCUGUCUUCUCGUCACCAUAUUCCCACCAAUGGCGUAGCUCCACUUUCUGCAUAUAAACCCACACACAACCCACAAUUCCUCCAAUCGCUCUGACGAAGGGCUAACGCUCGAAACGUCAGCUUUUUUACUCUUUACGGUGGCUAAUUUACGUUUUCAACCUAGUUGUUAACACUAAAUUACCUGAUAAAUUAAUACGGUAACGAAACGACAAAACUGACUGGGUGCCAUUGGUCCUAGUAGGAUACAAAAUGUUCCUGGGUAGGAAAAAAGUGGUAAUCAAUCAGUAAAACUGAACCCUUAUGUUUCCGAGAUCUCUACGAAUUACAGUUGGCUGAAGAACAUAUUGUAGCAAUCGAGGCCAUUUAAUUGACCGUUGAGAUUACUUUUAAUUAGUCUUGGUUUCUGACACUCAAUCGACAAAGCGUUUCAUUCCAGAAUGUCCAAUAGAACUCAAAUAAAAAUGAGAAUAGUAUUUUUACAAAUUAAACUACAUUGACGUGCCUCAGGGCGGUUUCGAUUUGCAUGUAACGAAUCACUCGCCUUAUUUCUCAUAGGGUCACGUGGAUCUGCGUGGUAUUAAAAAUUUGACAAUAUUCAGCCGAGAGGUGAUCUUUACGGAAGACAGUCGAUUGGACCUCAGUUCUCCCGACUUAGAUCAAGAUUUAAAUAUUCUGCCUCCUGGUUCCGAUGGAGAUGAUGGGAAGCAUGGAGUUCAUGGUCCAACAGGUGAGUUAAGGGCUGCCGGAAAUUCAAGGCCACAAUCUUCUGUCCUUUUUUUAUAUGUGGCUUGUGUGGGUCAGGACCAAAUGUCAUUAGUGUGGGGGUCGAGAGGUACCAAAUCCCCGAAGUUUACUCCCUCGAAAUAGGCUAAUAGGGAUGUAGUGCUGGAUGGGAUUGCACUUUUAAGACUGGGUUGACUGUAAUGGGGUUACUCUUUCAACAAAGUCAUUAGAAUGGGGUCGCAAAUUGUCGCGAUUUUGGAUUAUGCAACGCAAUAUUUUUACUAUAUUUAUUUAUUCGACUUUGACAGUCACAGUCUACGCCGAAAUUAUUGCUGGCUAUGUAUAUAUUGUAACAAAUGGCGGAAAUGGAAAACCGGGGCAAAAUGGUGCGAAAGGAAGAACGGCAGCCAACAACAAGCCAAAGGUACAUUAUUCAAUAAUUGAUAUGCGUGAUAUAGGAAAACUAAGGGAAAAGUCAUUAUUUAUCGCCUGGAGGGGACUAGGGGGAGGGGAGGGGAGGGGAGGGUGUAUGAUUUCGGGAACGAAGAGGGGUGAUAAGGGGGGCUAUAGAAAAUCUACUGCAAAUUAACUGCCAAUCGGAGUGGGGGGAGGGGGGAGUAGGGAUAAGAAUAGAAAGAAUCAGGUGAAUGUUAUCGAGACACAAUCAAACCCUUACAGCCCCCCCCUCCCCCACGCAGGCGAUGAAUAACGACAGUUCCCCUGUUUAUGAUGAUACGUCAGACUACGAAGCUUUCAUUACAAAAAGGAACUGCUGUAAACUGAAACAAAUUGUUAAAUUUGAAGAUCAGUAUUGAUAAUUUAACGGAUGUUUAGUCUAACGGUGGAGGUUUUGUGUCAAUAAACAAUAAUUACUAUUUCUAACUUUACUAUUCAAACAGCAACCAGACAGGACAAACUCUAACUGCGUAGCAGGCAUAACAAGGACUGGCUGCACUAAACACAUUGCGGGGAUACGAGGUAUAUCAGGCGGAAAUGGAGGAACUGGCGGAGAUGGUGGGAAAUCAGGUAAAACUGAAACUUACUAGAGUAAAUUAAUUUUUUUUCUCUUGAGAUUAACCGAACUGUCCAAAAUUGUCGAUAACGCUACUAGCGUUAUUGACAAUUUUUAGGCCGUUAAGAAUAGUUCCUUUUCUGACGCCGCAACCACGCGCGGUUGGGAGAAGGUUCUCAAGAAAUUCUGGUGCUGCGUCAAUUUGGGGAUUAACAAGAUAAUCUGGUGUUAUCAACUGAGUUGAUGAUGGAAAUUGGCCACCGUAAAGAAUUUCUAAAGCUGACGUUUCGAACGUUCGUCUUUUUUCAGAGGGAAUUAUGAACAGCUAACGCUGUGGUGAAACGGUGGCCAAUUUCCAUUUUUAACUCAGUCGAUACAAAGAGAAUAAUACAUGACGCGCGUGGAGGUAAAGUUUCUCUUCGAGUAUUAAACUCGAUAGCUCACGAGUGAGCGCAGAAAACGAGUGAGAUGUCGAGUUGAACAUGACAAGAGAAAUUCCAUAUCUACAAGUAAUGGUGUAUUAUUUUGUUUAUCAUAUAAACACAAUAGCCCUUUACUGACAAGAAAAGUCAACCUUAUGUUAAUUAAUGAAAAUAAAAGGAUCGAUAAUCCCCAAAGAAAAAUCAUUAAUUGCGUUGGCGCUAAGGCUCAAGAGGAGAAAAUGUGUCGAAACACUUCAAAAACAAACAAUGGAUGUAAUUUUCAAUACACUAUAUUCUCAUUUAUUGUCUAGGUCCUUACCGACAGAAGAAAUCUUUCAAGUAAACGGCCAAAAUCGGCGUGUGGCAAAUCCCCCAGUUGUCGAAUUUCCUUCUCAGCCGCGAGAAAGGCGAUUACCAAGGCCACUGAGAAUAUAACUUUUGGUUUUUCUUCCCGUAUUUUGGUUUUCUUCCCCUACGGAUUUUUCAUUCAUCAAUCUCACUAAGUGGCGCGAAGGGCGGGUGACGUGUCAGCAGCUGAUUGGGCAUGUCAAAUACACAAGAAAAGAACACUAUUUUUUUUCACGUGUGUCGUUAAGGCUUCUCUCAGGGCUGGAAAUCCUUGUAUAACACCUUAGUUUAUAUGAUAAAACAUAAUUAUCCGCAUAAAAAAUUGGUUCAGCGUACGUUUGAUGAGAUGUGGUGAACACACCGGAGGUUUGGAGAGCACGAAAGAUGCGUAACAGUUGGCUGCUCUUCGAGCAAUUGAUUUCAGCCUCUUAGGUACUCUCCAAUCUUCUCAAGUGCUUCAUAUCUAGGUGAAAAAACAGCUGAUGCAUGAACUUAUUGUUUCACUGCAUUUUCCAUGCAGCAGUGAAAUGUGUCUUAUAUGGUAAUUCCCCUGCCAUGCACACGCACGUUUUUUACUGUACCCCGCGCACAAUGGAAACCUGAGGCACUCGCGCUAGCGCUGUUGACUUUGAUUACUUGUACAUGAGCUGACUGUGUUAUAAACAGUAGUAAUCACCAUUUAAAUGCAUUUACUUAUGUCUCUCACCUAGGUAUUUUUUUUAUUAAACUUAACAACAGGAAAUGGUGGCGAUGCAGGCCGUCAAACUCUUCAUGUUUUGAAUGUGAGAGGGAAAAUCGAAUUAACAUCUUGUCGCGGGACUGGAGGGCAGCCGGCAGUAAACGGAUUAGGAGGAGACGGUGAGGACUCACAAAUUCUUCAUUAAUAAAAUUUUGCACAAGGAUGAAAUUAUCUGCCAACUUUUUUUUUCUUUUUUUUUUUCUAUCACUAUGAUAGAAUAAAUAUCAUUGGUCGGACGAAACACCACAAAUGAACCUAUAUCCAGAUUCUCUGGAAGGCAGUGAAACACUCUGCUACCAAUACUUCAUCGGAUCAGGAAGAAGCUUGGCUCACGAUAUGAGUUAAUUAAGAAAGGUCAAAAACGAUACGACGACGCGAAAACCGACUUAAGCAAAAACGAAAACCACGAACAAAGGCAAUUACAUAAUAAUUUGUAAUCCUGGCGCCGACAAGUUGUUAUUGUAAUUGUCGCACAACGUAUGCGACUCGGUGUCACUCUUUGUCGAUAGCUCCAAAUAAAACGGGCAACGCGACUAUUAGACAUUGCCUUCGUUUUUCUAUGGCGCUAUACUUAGCUUUCUCAACAAUCAUGUUUUAACCAGCGGAAUGCAAUCAAGAGAAGGUAUGAUCCUCAAAAAUUAGCUGCAAUCAGUCAGAAAAGAAGGGUGAGAAAUUCAGGCUUAGACUGGACUGGAAUCCGCACAUCCCAAGUGCAUGACGGGAGCGGGGCAAAGUUUAGAGGAUUCUUUAUUCCCGCAAAGGAAUCUGAUGAGGCUGGAUUAAAAGUGGAUUGAUGACCAGCUGAUAGAUGGGCAGAUCAACUUGCAGAAGCAUCAACUGAGCAAGAAUAGUUUGAUCCAUUGAAAGAAAUUGUUGUUUUCAGGCGGUUUAGGAGGACGUGGUGGCCGCGGGAUAAACUGUAGGAGGAGGGACAUAUGUUCUUACAUGGUAUGUCGUCAUCAUCGGUGUGAAUCAUCCGAAUUAGCUGACGAGGCCCCUCGCGGAGCACCUGGAAGAAGCGGAAGCAACGGACAAGGUUUUUUAAUUGCUUAUUUAUUUAUUCUUUAAUUUAAUUUUAGGCGGUCUUACGCUUCCUACACGUGAGAAAAGAGUGGAACGCUGUUUCAAGUUUAAGCGUUCCCCUUCUUCCUAUCCAAACUUGUGGUGUUGGCUCGAGAAAGAAAACUGAAAUGAAAUGUUUUCAGGUCUUGCGUUCAUGUUCAAUGUUCCUUCCAAACAUUAUAAUUUGAGGGGUAAUGCUAGAACACUAGCUAUUAGCCGUUCUGUCUAAAGUUUACGCUUCAAAUGCAUAUUUAACAACUUUCAAUUUUGUUACGAUUUUACUUUUAAGGACUCGUAGCAAAAGGCUCCGAUGGUCAGGUGGAAAUUUCUUAUCUUCAGAAAUCUAGUUUGGGUGCUGAAGAAUUGAAAAAGUAUCCUCUGCAGUUGAUAAAGAUGAUGACAAGAUAUGGUGAAGACCUUCUCUGGGCUAACAAUGUCGAAAAAAGCGACGCUGUGUUCAAGUUUGUUGUAAAAUUGUCAAGUGACAAACCUGGAGCGUCCGAAUUGACGAAAGGUUUGGCACUUUCGAAUAUAUUUUCGUUUAAUGUAGGUUACAGUAAAUUCAGGGUCAGCGGUUUAUCUGCCAAUUAGGUUUCAGUCCCCUCGCACCAUAUGUAUAUAUUUAAAUUUUCGCGCAAAAAGAACAGCAUGUUAUUCAGUUUGUCGUCCUUUCAUCGUUUCUUUAUGGCACCCGUGUACUCCCUUUAUCCAAACCGUCAAGUACGCUUUGCGUUGUUUUUUGCCGUUUUAUGUUUCGCUUUGUAAUCGUAGUUAUUGUUGUCGGUAGUUGGUUGUAGUGUAAUUUAGUUAAUCGUGUUUCAGAAACCACCGGUUACGAUUCAGUUGUAUGGUUUGAGUAACUGUCCGGAAAUUUACUGGUGCGUUCGCUACAAUGUACUUAAUUAAAAGAAACUACAUAAAAGAAAUUUGCUGAUAACUCUAUUUUCGAAAGAUAUGAUCUCAGCCCGGCAAUUAAUACGUAUAUUUCACAAAUCGAUUCCAUGUUGCCGUACGUUUGUACAGUAAUAUAGUACGGAAGACCUUAAAAUGUGGUAGGAAAAAAAAAGUAUGACUGGAGGCACAGCCUUAAAAAUAUUUUAUCAGAAAAUCUAAGGAGGUAAUCUGCAUAGAAGAUGAUAUGAAAUGUAAAUCCCCAUUGGGAGUUUGAAGCGGUACACAAGCAGUUAUCAACUCCCUUGCUAAAGACUAGCCUUAAUUAGUGAAUACGAAGACGGUGGCCUCAAAAUGCCUCACCCUGAAUCUUUAAUUAAAACUCAAAGAAUUGUGUGUCUUGCAAGGUAUUUAGAUGAUAAUAGUAGUCCGUGGAAAGUUUUCUUGUCUCAUUAUCUUAAGAAUGUAGGAACCAGUUUUCUGCUUCAGUGCAAUUUCAAUCCAUCGCGCCUACCCUGUAAACUACCUUCUUUUUAUAAAGAAUGUCUUGAAGUUUUGUCUGACUUUAAUGGCAAUCGCGAUAUAAUAGCUACAAAACAGGACGUUUUAAAUGUGACUAUCUGGAACAACCAGAACCUCUUGAUUAACAAGAAAUCAAUAUACAACAAGAGAAUAAAAGAAGCAGGUUUUGUGAAACUUGGAGAUAUUCUCUCAAAUGACUCAAAAUUAAAAAGGUGGGACGCUUUUAGAGAGAAAAAUCUCUCCUUGUCAGAUUACUUACUCCUACAAGGCAUUUUUUUCCGCCAUUCCGCCUAACUGGAAACAGCUCCUUAACGUUGAGAGAAUAAUAACAACCGAAUUGACAAAACUGUUUCAGACGAUGUUCAAGAUAUAACUAGAAUGACUUCAAAAUCAAUCUAUUCCACCCUGGUCAAACGAAUCCAGAUUUCUCCGACUGCCCAAUCUAAGUUUAAUUCCGUAUAUAAUAUUUCAGGUAAUAUAGACUGGAAAAAUAUUUAUCUAUUGCCGGGUCGAGUCACUCUUGACACCAGAACGAGAGCCUUUCAAUACAAAAUCUUAAAUCGUAUUCUCUACACCAAUAAAAUCCUAUAUAAAAUGAAUUUGGUUCCUUCUCCGAUGUGUACCUUUUGUGGAGAUCACGAAGAAACUCUUGAGCAUCUUCUAAUCAGCUGUACCUACACUAAAAACUUUUGGCUUUCGGUUAUUUCUUGGUUAAAUACUUACAAUAUGAGAAUUGAUAAGCUUGAUGAGGUAACAAUCCUCUUUGGUAUUUCCGAUAAUAACCCUGGGAAUUGUUUGUUAAAUCACAUAAUCAUUCUUGGAAAAUAUACCAUUUAUUCAUGUCGUUGUAAAAAUAUCAAGCCGUCUGUAUCCUUACUGAAGGCUAAAACAUCUGAAACUCGGAAAUUUGAAUUUUUGAUUGCAAAAAAGAAUAAAAAAGAAUCUAUUCAUUAUAAAAAAUGGGAAAACAUGUUAUUGUAACUCAAUAGAUGAGUAUCGGGUAUUAACAGUUAUAGACGCAGUUGUAUAUACAGUCGUUCUACCAAAAAAGGAAUUUGAUGUAGAAGUAUUUGUACAAAUUAGCUUUAUAUUAUUAUAUAACCACAACAUAAAUUAAAUCUAGCCGACUGUGAAUGUAAUGUAACGCAGUAUUUCGUAAUUAGUGUUAGUGAGUAGCGUAAGCGUUAGUGCAAUUAACUUUGUAUUUGUUUGUAUUACUCUAGUAUUUGUGCUUUAAGUGAAAAUAAAAAAAAUGUUAAAAAAAAAACAAACAAAACAAAAAACUCCCUUGCUAAUCAUUUGUUUGGAUCAUUUCUUAGUGGCAAAGAGAAGACUGGCUUUUAUGAACAAAGUAGGAUACGACAGAUUCGGGAAUAACGAGCUGUUCGCACCUAUGAUGAAAUGGGAGGUCUUCAAGGAACAAGUCGAAGUCAUCAAAGAUCGUGCAGAAACGUUUGAGAACGCUUACAAUGCUAUCAAAGAAUCGAUUCAACGGCGUGAUGACGUUAAGACAAUACUGAAAUCACUACCACAGGCUGCCAGACUUCAAGUUGUAAAGCAAAAGAACAGACUGGAAGAGGCCAGACGAGUAGCAGUGAGCGAAAAGGGAGCAUAUGUGUUGGUAAGUGUCCAAACCUCCAUGUCGAAUAUAUACCGAUUUCUUAGCGAGAGGGCACCAACCUGUGAAACUGAGGUCUUCCCUCUUACAUUCUUCUAAGAUGAAUAAUGCUAUACCGGCGAUCUUCACUUGAAAUACUCAGAAUCAAAACACUUUCGUGAGCGAGUUUUGUCAACGUGGGCAUUGCAUACGGCGUCCUGUCCUUCUCUAAAACAUUUAUUUCAAAGGGAAACAGCUAAUGAACAAGUAUUCUGCUCUGACCAGAUGCCUCGACUCUACACGUGGGAAUAUAGCUUAGAAACAAAGUGGAGCUUAGUCCCAUAGCCUUUUCUAACAGUGUCAGAAAAUCAAAGGCUUUACGGAAAACGCACUGGUCGGGCGGUGAGGUCUGAAUUCAAGACAAAGCUGGUCAAUAUUGGUGAAGAAAUUUUAUUUUUAAAGUACUUCUCUCCACCAAAGAGCACCAGUGAAGUGUUAGCGAAGUCGGGCGGAUUGUUGAAGGGUAACCUGCGAUGACGUAGCAUCCAGUCCAUUGGGCGUGGCAUUACUCCUUGUCGCUUCGUGCUAAGGGCUUCCGGAUAUACUCCAGCUAAAAAUAAGCCAGACGGCUAAAUUUCAGACUUGAACUUCCUUGGUUUACUUCAAUCUUUAAGAUAUUAAUGAAUAAAGGGAUUAAGUUUCAAAAGAAACUGUGGCGCUACGUCGGUGGGAGAGUAUAACAGGGUAAUUAAGAGUAAAUAAGGUAAAUUGGUCAUCGUAAAGAGUUUUAAAGAUAAACAAUUUAACUCCAAGUUCUCUCGUCAUAAAAUUAUAUCAGUUUAUCUUAACUUUGUGAAAUGUUAUAAAUAGCAGUAAGUAAGGUCUGCUUUCGCAAUACUGACAAGAGUGAACGCGAAAUAAACUCAUUUGUCGGUUGGAAUUGAAGAUAAUGAAUACGCAAAUACGCGGGGGAACCAAGCCGGGUACAUAUAAUUUCUUUUCAGCAACAUUUUCUCUGAAGAAUAACUUAAAUAACGAUAAGCGACUGAAAUAAUAAUUCAUCUGUUUUAUUUUAUUCUACGUAUCCUUGCCCUAACAUUACAAUUUUAUGUCUCCUCUUUGUUGCACCAGGCUAUUGGUGAGCUGGAGGCAAGUAUGAAGAACAGUCUACUGGAUGCAAAAGGGAUGCUCUCAGAUGUGUACGAAGCAGCAAAGUUUAACAGCGACGACUUAUUUGUCAUUCUUGAAGGAAUAACAGGAUUCUUUAGUGGUGUACUAGGAAAAGAUCCUUUCGCCGCCCUUGGAUCAGCCCUAGGAGUGGUCGGACAUUUUGUUGGCCAAUGUGACCUUGGUGAACUUCAGAAUAAUUUGGAUAAAGUAGAAAAAUGGCUGAAAUUUGGACAGGACUAUGCUGCCCUGAAAGACUCAAGUGAAUUGGAUUUUGACCAAAUGGAUGUGGAAGCUGUACCUGAAGUAAUGCAGGUAAACAUUGAAAUGCUGCAUCUUCGAUAUCUAUGUUUGUGUUUCUUAAUAGCUUGUUGUUUUGUUGUCUGUUUGUUUAUCUACUGAUUUAUUUUACUCUUUUGUCUUUUUUGUUUUCUGUGUGUUUCUCUGCCUCUCUGUCUGUGUGUUUGUCUGUACGCCUCUUUCUUCGACCCUAACUUUAUUGCUGUUUCCCAAGUUAUAUCCAGCUCAUGACGAUUUCUUUAUCUUCUUAUAAAAAGGCUAAUCUGGAAAUGAACAAAGAGGGACUUGCAGCGGACCUUGUUUGCCUGCUGGAUGAGAAGUCAAAACCCCGAAACUCGGCAAAGUUUCAAGAACAGAUCGAACGAUUUUUUAUCGCCGGUGCAGCAAGAAUCGAUCUCAUAGCAAAGGUCAUCGACUUGGAUAACGAAAUCGGUGGACAUAACUUUGACAUUCCGAACUUAGAAGAGACAGCAAAUGAAAUCGAAAGCCUUGGUAACUCUGGUGGUAAGGAUCUUUGUGAUUAUACAUCGCAUCAAUGCUACCUCUUUUUAUAACAAUAAUAUUUGCGCUUACGAUCGCACGCGCGGUCGUGCAAAUGCAGGAUGACGUGUGGCUAUACAUUCUCGCCAAAAUUUCCCAUCAAGUUUAGCUUGAAGGCCACGUCGCUUCACGCUUUCCCUGUUGAUGAUCCUCUCUCCAUAAAUAAGCAGGAAAACGAAUAUUAAGCGUGACAGGUCACGCAAAGCAAGGGUCUAAUAAUAAUAUAUUUCCUUUUUCAGAUUCUCCCAUCGCUGAGAGUACACAGCAGAUGUUUCUGGAUGAUUUACUUACGUCCUAUCAGCAGAUAGAAACAGGAUUUGCCCAACAACUGUACCAGUUGUACAAAGGUUUCGAGUUUCGCUCUCUAUGGAUUGUUCAGGAAAAAUUAGCAGAAUUCGAACGGCAAGCGGUGUCAGCCGCCCAGGGAACAGGGAAUCUCCAAGGGGUUUUAGAGCUUACAAAAGCACUUCAAGGAAUCGAUGAUAUCGAAAAUAGGGGACAGCGAUGCUUCACAAGAUUUCGCCACACAAUCACCACGCACAAAUGGACAUUUGACAGUAACAGAGCUAAAGACAACGUGGUAUGUGAUGUAUUCCUUUUGUCUUUGUUACAGUGAGCUAUUAUAUAAAACAGAUGUUGUUUUUUGCAGUUGUUAAUGUUGCUGUUGAUGUUUUUUGUACUGUUUCCUUGUUUUCCCUUUUGUUUUUUGCUAUUUUUCGUUCGGUCGUUCUUUCAGUAACUGCCUUUUCAAUUUUUCAUUUUGUCUUUCUGAGCAAACUUUGGCAUUUCCACGUGUGGCUUGUUACCUUGUUACGAUUGUGACUGUGGGAAAAUCAAUUAUUAAAGCAACCUCUGCAUUAAAUUUCAUCUUUAUUGCUAUAAAAUUGUUGACUUAAAGUUUCUUCUUCAUUUCCUGCAGAUGUUCGACGAACUUCAUGAAGGCACUACAAGGUUUUCAUUGAAAAUUUCAGACAGCUGCGAUCGCUGUUAUAACGUGCGCCUUUUGAAGGUAAUAACUAGGUUCAGAUAAAUUAUGCUAAUUCAUCUUUGGCCAUAAUUUUAUAAUAAGGGCAUCGAGCAUGAAGCCGGCAUAAUGAGUAAGAUUCUCCAGAACAUGAAACCCUUUUUUUCAGUUUCUAUUACUUUUCUGUAAUUUUUACGGCUAGGUUACUCCAUUGAAAGCCUGGUUAGAACCUCAUGUACUCGAUAUUCCAAGGUUCUAAGGCUUUACUAACACCGCGAGAUUAUAUACAGUUUAUAAUCCCUUCAGUAACACACUGACUCUCGAACGCUCUUAAAUUUAGUAACUACAUGCACCAAAAUGAAAACACAUAUGCAUAAUUUUUGGCAUAAUGUUCUGCUUUCAGGGAUGACUUUCAAAAGCUUAAUGUUCGAAUUGUCGACCAUAAGAGCAAGCUGUUCAUAUGGUAUUUCAGAGUUGUUAUUCUUGUAACAACUCUGUUAUACUCCAUUCACACCAGAAAAAUAUAGUUAGUUGAGCCGUGUUUAACCUUGUUUAUAACUGAAUGAAGAUCAGAGACAGAAACCUGAAAACCCGGAUUUUCCAUGGGGUUUAUUUAGUCAGUAACAUGCAUUUUCAAUGCACUUAAUUGGAAGUCGGCAAACAUCGGUCUAAGUAGCUCCUACGGGAAAAAUAAUGUCAAAUAAUGAUUUAACAAAACAACUUUAGAACAUGUUCAAGCUUUUGUGCCAGUGGGGAAUUUGACUGUCAAUAGAGAUAAUUUUUCUAACUGUCCAUGAGAAUUAAGUUCUGUUCGCCCUAAUCUGUAUGAUUUUUUGUUUUGUUUUGUUCUCCAUUUUCGCCGUUUCUUUUUCAGAUGUAUGUUGAGCUAGAAGGUGAAGAAUCUCAAAGCGGUGAUUACCCAUCGAGGGUUUUUCUUAAAUUAAGACAUCUCAGUGGCUCUUACUUUAGAGAUGGAAACGGGAAUGUCAGGGAAUUCCGGCAGCCUUUAGGAUCAUGGCGGACGUUAGAAUUCGACCGAUUUGCAAUCACUAAUACCGAAGGAUGCAAGAGAGAAAAAGCGAAAGGAAACAGUAAGUAAUGAUUUAAAAGGCUAACCUUAUAUAGUAUUUCGCGAAAGCCCUUCUUCCAUGCGUCACGCAACGCUAUCAUCAAAGCGUGACAUUCUACAGAACGGAGAUUAGACUCUGACCAAACCAAUUCGUUCUUCAACGCAUACUUUUUCCUGCGUUUUUUCUUCCUAUAAUCAACUAACACCCGGAAACGCUGAUAAAAACGGAGCGUGGAGCGUUUUGAAAAAACGCCUCUUUCAUAACCUGGAUAAGACUGUACAUAAUGGACAUCCAGUUUCACUGAAAUCACUUGUAAAAUAUUUUUCUUGCAAAUUUUCAGAGGAUUCUCUCUUCUGUAUGAGCAAGGACGAUUACCGCUUUCAACCGAUGUGCUGCCAUUAUCUCAGCGGUUCACCGUGUGAUGACACACUUCUCGGAGCAGAAGAAUGCCGGAGUCCAUUUGGAACCUACGAAAUGACCAUACCGAUUGACAGCGAAACUUCCUGUACAGCCAGUGGCUCGCGCAUAACAGACGCAAACUGCAAGGACUUUGAUGUAAGUCUGAGUUAUUAGAUUUGAUUAAGAAGUUUUUGGGCAUCUGAAAAUAAAGACAAUCCCCAAGUGCUCUAGGCUAACAAUUUUCCACAAGCGUUAAUUCACCAUUGCAGAGAAAAACUAAUAUUUUAACGUCAAAGUUCGCGUUUUACUUGUCUAAAUUAUAGUACUUUUUAGCGGUUUAGAAAGGUUCUUCCUUCAUAUGCAUUUUGCCUUUUUUUAUUCCUAACUUUAUUCCUCUCCAGAUUUUUCCGAUUCGUUUUUUUAAAGCAAUUACAUCUGACUAAAAUCAAGAGAAUAUUUGAUCUGAUGCCUAAGGAGGAAAUUGAAGCAAACAAUGGCAUCGUAAAACUUGGUAGAUGCCAUGCAAUUAGGAAAAUAAUCCUUUUCUUUUUACCUUUAUUCUUUAUCCUCCAUUUUCAAAGAAACAAUUGUUAAUUAUUGCCUGAAUGAGAUUAGAGUACUGGCUACUUGUUGCAGCCAUAAGGGUCAUAAAUUAAAACUGUGUACCAAAUCAUGUUAGAAUCGAAUGUGAUCGCGCAUGCAGUUAAAACGUUAAAAAAAUAAAGUGAACGGAAAGAUUACUGACGGCUACAAUACGUGAGAGUUCUAAUUAAUCUAAUUGUUUCCUCUUUUGUACAUCAGCGUUCAGUGUUCACAAAAAUGAAUGUAUGGAUUCAGUAUCUGUACUGGACUGGUGAGUACCCAACAGGUCCAGACGACCUAAGAUGCAGCAAUUUUCAGGACCCAGACUCCGAGGCUGAGCAUGUUCCCGUAACCAUUAACCAUGAAGCAUCAGGUGAUAUCAAAUCAUAGAGAAAAUUUUAAAGAAAAAAAAGACACAAUAAACGCAGUGGAAGACUGCAAUCACUGUGAUUUAUGGAAAAUUGUAAACGGCACUCACUAGUUUAAGGCAAGGGGACGAGAAAAAGAAUAAAAUAAUGGCAAAACAUUUUCCUUUGUUUGAAACUUAUUGCACAUAUGCAGGGAGGAAGGUAUUAGUGGUUGAACAGGGCUAAUGGUUUGGGUGCUGCAUGUGCUCUAGUUACAAAAGGGUUCGGUUCAUGGGUUCAUUCGGUCAGCGGACAUUCCCAAUAAUGCAUGAGGCACUGACUAAAAACCCGGCCAAUUCCAUGAUGACCAUAACAGUUGCAGUAGUAGAAAAACUGAUUAUUCUUAGAUGGGUCUGUUGCGGCCGAGAGCAGACAAAGAUGAGCAUAGUCUGUUGUGCAUGAGACACCGACUAUCUUCUUACCGUGGAAUGAAAAGCAAAGUUGGACUGUAAGACUCAUUAAAGAGGAAAUACAUAUUCGACUGGUCAUGUUUAUUUUCAUCACAUUUC